UAUGUGGACUUCAUUUAUCCAAAAUGCAGUCCUUAUGUUUUCUUAUUUUGCAUUUCACUUUAAUUGCAGGCUGACUUUAUGCAGAUGCCAUUCUAUGAUAAUACUUUUGAUGCAAUUUAUGCAAUAGAGGCAACAUGUCAUGCACCUGAUGCGGUUGGCUGCUAUAAGGAGAUAUAUAGAGUGCUGAAGCCUGGCCAGUGUUUCGCUGCCUAUGAAUGGUGCAUUACUGAUCACUUUGAUCCUAACAAUGAAAGCCACAAGAAAACUAAGGCCGACAUUGAGCUUGGUAAUGGCCUUCCAGAUAUCCGCACAACAACCCAAUGCCUUGAUGCUCUGAAGCUUGCAGGAUUUGAGAUUGUAUGGGAGAGAGAUCUUGCAGAAGAUUCCACUGUGCCAUGGUAUUUGCCCUUGGAUACAAGUCGGAUAUCCAUUACUAGCUUUCGGUUGACAGGAUUGGGACGUCUCAUUACCAAAACUAUGGUUAAGGCACUAGAGUAUGUUGGUCUUGCUCCGGAAGGAAGCGAGAGAGUCUCUUCAUUCCUAGAGAAGGCUGCUGAAGGGCUUGUAGAUGGUGGCAAGAAAGAGAUUUUUACGCCAAUGUACUUCUUUUUGGCCCGUAAGCCUCUUUCCGAAUGAUGAAGGAAGAGAAGGAAGUUUCAGGUUUUAUUCAGGAACUUUGAACUCUUGCUACGAAAUUUUUGGAUAUCAAACCGGACCUCUCCAGAUGGUAGUCCUGAUGUGGGCCAAUUUACCUUGAUUUUCAAUCAGUUUCGCUGCGGGGCCUGCUGCUCUAGCUAAUUGUCCAUCCUUCCCACAUGUGAUUUUUUAUGUUUAUGUAUGGUCCUUUUACGAGUCUAUCGGUUGGAGUAGAUUCGUCUUUUAUCAAUAAAAAUUUCUUGCCAAAGUGUACAAGCUUUGGCCAAAUCAUAUAGCUUUCUAGAUGUAUAUGAUGAUAUUUAUAUAGAUGGAUGGAUCGUAUAUGAAUCAUAUGAUGAAUUGUCAAA